GAAAGUAGGCAAUAACAUAUUAAAACUGAUUUUCAUUAUUCUUUGCCAAGGGAAGUAAAGCUACUAUGUCGCGAUUCGCUCGAUGCUCCCCAUUGGCUAACAUUGAUUUCCCAGCUUCGAAUCUACGUAUCACAACAUUUCAUCUCAUCAACCCACCAAUCAAAACGCUGUACACUUUCAAAAACAACCAACCAGGAGCAUUGUUUUCAAACGUACGAAAUUAUACGCAGCGUUGACUCAAAUCUGGUAUUUCGGAGUUUUUUCUGUUUUUAAAUAGUUUAUAUUACUGUGAAAGUAAUAUUAGGGUGAUGAUAAAUAAUAAUGUUCAGUGUUUUAACGAAUAUGGUGAUUAUGUAUGUGGAUAUUGUGUUAUUGCUGAUUUUGCUUUGCCUGAUAUUGACUAUGUGCACGUACUGCGUAGUUCGAAUACGAAGGCUACAACAAAAUGGACAGGUGACCAUUUUGCUGCGACCGACUAAAGUUAUGUUCUCGCACAAAAAUGAAGAAAAUGGAAAGGAAGAGUUAAGAACCGUAGUAGCCUACCAGAACCCGUUCACCGGUGACUACUGCGUGAACAAGUCCCGCCCUCCCAAGGGCUACCUCAACGCCCUGUCGAUGCCGUCACCCGAGUCCACGGACAGCGGAGUCUCCGAAGAAUACGAGCCCUUGAGGCCUUUAGAUGGACGGAAGGAGGGGGCAUAUGGGCCGUUCAAUAUCCAUGAACACGGGACCCUUCAGACCGUGGGCGGGGUGAACAGCGUCAACAAAACCUGGAACUGGAACUAUAAGGAGUACCAAAUAUAAGAUACGUCAAAUAUACUGUAUUCUUAGAAUAUGAGGUGCGUGAACUUACUG